AUGAGCGAGUUACAGUUUCAUCGAAAACACGAUCAGUUUCCACGUUUCAAUCACCAGCACAGAUGUCCUCUGUUUAUUUAUAAAGAUCCGAAAGCGGCUUCUCGACGACGUACAACUGAGUUGGCUAUUUUAAAACGUAAAAUUGAAAUUCGAUUCUUCGAAAAAAAAGUAAAUCCUGGUCGAUCAGUCGAACAAUUUAUAGCCGAAUUGGAUAUUAUAUUAAAAAAUCUACAUGAUACACCUGUUAGUAAAACAAAUCGGAAAUAUAAGCAACGACGUGAAAUUAUUUCAAAUGAAAAUUUAUUAGAAAUAAUUCAAUUGAAUCAAUAUUAA